AUCUCACCAGUGCGUGCCCAUCGCACCGUGCUGGUGCAUGCCCGUCUCAACUGCACCAGUAUGUGCCCAUCAUACCACACUGGUGCAUGCCCAUCACACCAUUGGCAUGACCCUCAUACCACACCAGCACAUGCUCAUCACACCAGUGCGUGCCCUUCGCACCACACCAGUGCAUGCCCAUGACACCAGUGCAUGCCCAUCACACCACACUGGUACAUGCCCCUCGUGCAUCACUGGUGCAUGCCCAUCACACCAGUGCGUGCCCAUCGCACCACACCAGUGCAUGCCCGUGACACCAGUGCAUGCCCGUGACACCAUACUGGUACAUGCCCACGACCUCAGUGCAUGCCCAUCACCCCACACCGGUGCAUGCCCAUCACACCACACUGGUGCGUGUGCCUAGCGAGGAUCGCCCGCAGGAGGGCAGCCACAGCGGGAGGGCUGGGUUAGGCGAUGCCCACGAGCCUCCCAUGGACACCCCUGGUGCUGACAUCUGGCCUCUUUCCUCCCCAGGCCCCCAGGAGCUUUCUGGCUGCAGACACCCAAGCAACGUGACACCAUGACUCUGGCUGCUUACAAGGAGAAGAUGAAGGAGCUGCCCCUCGUCUCCCUGUUUUGCUCCUGCUUCCUUUCGGACCCCUUGAACAAGCCAGCGUACACGUAUGAAGACACGGUAGACCUCACUUGGUGCGUCAUCUCCGACAUGGAAGUCAUUGAGCUCAACAAGCGCACCUCGGGGCAGUCCUUCGAGGUGAUCCUGAAGCCUCCCUCCUUCGAUGGCAUCCCUGAGUUCAACGCCUCCUUGCCGCGGCGACGUGACCCUUCCCUGGAGGAGAUCCAGAAGAAGCUGGAGGCGGCUGAGGAGCGGAGGAAGUACCAGGAGGCUGAACUCCUUAAGCACCUAGCAGAGAAGCGGGAGCACGAGCGGGAGGUCAUGCAGAAGGCCAUUGAGGAGAACAACAACUUCAUCAAAAUGGCCAAAGAGAAGCUGGCGCAAAAGAUGGAGUCCAACAAAGAGAACCGUGAGGCCCAUUUAGCAGCCAUGCUGGAGCGCUUGCAGGAGAAGGACAAACACGCAGAGGAAGUGAGGAAAAACAAGGAGCUAAAAGAAGAGGCUUCCAGGUAAAGAGCCCCAUGUGAUGGCGGAUUGGACUGACAGCUCCGGGGAGGUUGUAGAGGCUGCUUCAGCGCAAGGUCAACUGGUGGAAGGGGAUGUUCCUCUGCUUUCUUUGUUUGUGAAUGUAAAGAAUUGAUCAGUGAAGCCAUCCUAUUCGUUUUGGGGAGGGUGGGGAGGGAGGCGUCACUGGAGGAGGAAGGAGGGGGGUGGGUGGGUGCGUGCCUCUUUGGUGCACCAGCUUUAGGACGUCCGGCUGGAAACCUCUCCGGGGUCUCACGCGCACUUACUCGCACGCCAUCCGCGUCUGACAGAGAGGUGUAAACGUGCCCGCCAAGGGCCAGCGAAACAGAGGAGGUGGCCAAGGGGGUCCGGGGACAGAGCGGGUGGGGAGGGAAAGGGGGAAAUGUGCGUCAUGUGUGACUUUAAUUUGGUGGUCCGUGUUGGGCAGACGGGGCAGUGGUCUCUGCAACCGUGGGGCGAGCGUGCGUGCGUGCAUGCCUGUGUCCCUCGAGCUUUGUUUCUUUCUCCUCUUCCUUCCCACCCCAGUGGAUGUCUGGCCAUUGAUGUGCAGCAACAUCUCUUGGUGUCCCUCCCUCCUUUUCUUUCAGGCCUCUUGCCCAGAGCAGGGAUUAGUUGCCCACAGACCUUGCAGCACCAUUUUGGGGAAGGGUUUGGGAAUAAGGUCAUCGGAGAGUGAGAAUCACUUACUCCAAAGGCUUUAUCCAGUUGUAGGAGAUGCUGAGGCUCCUUUUGAAACGGUGAAAUCAAAAAGCCCCAUGACUUCCCAAAGAGCUACUUUUUGUAAGAAACCUCCUGAGACAUCUUCCCAGGAACUCUUGGAUGAAAUCCCUUUUUUUGCUCUAGAGCAGCUGAAAAGCCUUCUGCUUGCAGAGGCUCAGCUGAUUAUCUGAAGAGAGAAAUCACCCCCGUGGGGAGCUAGAGCAGGAGAGAAAACUAGAGUAGGGCAAUGGAAACUGCACUGAAAGGAGCGGGGAAAAGCAGAAGGAAGAGAGCAGCUGAGGGAGCCCAGACUGGAGAUCCAAGAGGUGGUGUGGAGACACCUCUCUGGACAGUGCAAGAAGGCAGUGUCCAUAAGAAAAGUAGGACUGGGAGCAAGGGAGAGGUGGGCAUGGGAGUCCCUGGGGAUGGCCAUGGCACCUCCUGAUGACUCCAGGCCAAGAGGAAGGCCAGCUUGGGACACCACCAAACCCUAAUCCUGACUUGUGAAUGGCCCAGGAGGUCUUUUGUGGGUCCUGCUGAGCAGACAGUGUGAUCCCAGGAUGAUCUUUGUGUCCAGGGAGGCUGGGGCAAGGGUGAACAAAGCAGAGACAUUGCUUGGGAUCCCUUCCAGCUGGGAGAGGUGGAGAGUCUGCUUUCUGCCGGGGAGGUGGGGGAACAGCCCCUCCGCUCCCAGUUGCUAGCAGGCAGUGGUCCCAGUACUGCUAGGCGCUGGUACAUCAUCAGUCCCUAACUCUGAUGCUAACUGAGGUCUCGAUCUCCACUGCUGCCAGAUAAGACUUUUAAAGCACUGAUUUAGCGUGGGCAGGUCUGGGGAAAAGAGCAUCUCUUGUUCAUUGUGCUGCGAAACCCUUGCCCAGACCCGAGGACCCGAGGUGGGGAGCAGCCCCCAGGGCAGGAGGGGCUGCCGGAAGGGGGAGCGUGGAAGAAGGUGAUGAGCAAAGAGCGAGGGGGCUGUUCUAGUUGUGGCACGAGCUGUCCUUUUUUUGUAUACAACAGUUGUAAAUAAACUGCCUUGGCAUUUC